AUGGGUCGCGUGGCCCGGCAGCUGCAUCUGAAGCUUGCCGUUUGUACUAUAUUACUGUGGAGCUCCGUGGGUGCGCAGCAAGUCACAAGAAUAACACCCAACUAUGGUGGUAUCAAUGGUGGAAUGAGGUUGACCAUAGAGGGGGAAGGUUUUGCUCAAGCCAGUCAGUUCAGUUUAAAUGCAGAUGAUCCAAACGUUGGCAACAGCGUGACUCUGGUGUCUCAGACGAGAUCGAUUCCCUGUGAUGUCGAAAAAUACUCCAGUCACUCCAAAAAGAUCAUGUGCUAUACAAGAGCUCUACCAGAAGACGACUAUGAUAUAAGAGUCACUGUGGAUGGUGUGCCAAUUCCUUCAAGUCUGAUGUGUACUUCCUGGGGGGAUUACUGGUGGCGGUAUUAUUGCAGGUUCCAGAGUAGAUCAUACUACACACCCACCAUUGAUAGUCUUAGCCCACUGUCAGGUCUCCCAGGGACUGUGGUGACAAUUCGAGGAAGAAUUAUGACUGAUGUGUAUGGAAGCAGUACAGACAGAACUUCAAAUGGUCGGAAUACAAGAUUUGUGAGGGCAUACAUGGGUGGCAUGUCUUGUGAACUCAUAAAACCUAAUUCAGAUGAAAAAUAUGGCCUGAAAUUGGACAAUCCUGUGAGUGAUUGGGGAUACAUGAGUUGUAAAAUGACAGGAACUUAUGUUGGUCAUCACAAUCUGAGUUACAUUCUGGAUGGUAUAUAUGGGAGGAGUCUGCCAGAUUUGGGGCUUUUCAGUGUCUCAGCCCUGAACAAGCUCGCCAUGUUUCAAACAUAUGCAGAGGUGACAGGAGUUUCUCCGUCUGUGGGCAGUGUGUUGGGCGGCACAUCAUUGACCAUUCAGGGACGCUACUUUGAUGAGACUGAUAGUAAAGCAGUGGUUUUAAUAGGAGGUCACGAGUGUCAAAUUCAGAGAUUAUCUGAUCAGAAAAUAGUCUGCAUGACCCCUGGUUAUGAAAUUACAAACAUGACAGUGUUUCCAGGCAGCAGAGGAGUAAAAAUGGAGAUGUGGAAUAACAGUUAUCCAAGUAAUCUAACAGAUAUUUUGAACUAUAAUGCCAGCAUGCCAGGUUAUUCUGUACAGUGGGUGGAUUCUCUGUCAUAUGUGGGGCCUGAUGAAAUGAAUAACUUUGUGGCUCGACUGAGUGGUUUCUUUGUUCCGACGGAAACAGACAACUACUAUUUUCUAAUAAAAGGAUACUCUAUAUGCCAGCUGUAUUUCAGCCAGACAGGUCUUCCAAAAGAUAAAGUCAGGAUUGCAUAUCAGCCUCAAAACACAAACAGUUUUUUUUCUUUUGGCUUCCAGAAGUCAAAAGUCAUGCGCUUGGAGAAGGGAAAAUCAUACUACAUUGAGGUUAUAAUGAACAAGUAUUAUUAUUAUCAAGCUUCAGUUGACGUGGGCUUUUUUAAAGAGAUAAGCCCUUUCACGGCACAACAGACAACAGAAGCUGUAAAUGAGAGACAGCAGAUAAAUGUCAACCAUAAUGUAUUAUCUGAAAAACAGGUGGUUAGUUUUAAGGGGUGGGCACCAGUACGUGCUGUCCAAGAGGUGCAGACUAUCAGAAUCAACGGUGACUGCUUUUCAACAGGCUUCUGUGACAACACAUACUACUUCCUGGCAUAUGGAGAACAUAAAACAGGGCCGAUUCCAGUUAGUGCAUCAGCGCUGGUAUUACAGAUCGCUCUUAAUGAUUUGUGGACGAUUAAACCAGACACUGUUACAGUCACAAAGCAAGUACUGAGGACAGAGGCACUUUACAAUGUGACAUUCAACUCAAAUAGAGGUGACUUUGAAGAUCUUCGCUAUUGGACCAUGGGGCCAAAUGUAAACAUCACAGUUACUGAGCGAGUAAAAGGGAAGGCCAGUCUGGAGAAUUUCACACUGAUGUGGGGUGGAGUCCCAUCUCCUCCACUGACUUUGAAUGCAUCCGAGACUGAGGUGCUGGCUGCACUAAAUGUGAUGGUCACAGCUAAAUGUCCAUCACAGAUUCCAACCACUGAAAACUCGAAUGUGACAUUUUUCAGAGAUUAUGAGGACAGCAGAGCAUGGUCAGGAUACCUGGUCACGGAUUCUGAAGCUUUCUGUGGCCGUUGGUCUCUAAGGAACCCAGGGAUUAUAUUUAUCUACUACGACUAUACAGCAUCCGGCGAUGGAAACUACAACCCAAUCCCACUACAGACGUACAAUACUCUUUGCAUGGCCUACAAAGGCCGUUUGAUGAAUAAACUUGGAGUGUACUUCAGUAACCGGACCAUAGCGGGUGUUUACAAUGAGGGAAAUAUACAAAUCUCUGUGCAGUUUGACUCAACGGAUGAGUGGAAAUACAAGUGUGUGGAUCUCCUGGAUUCUCUUCAGCAAAUAUCUACAGGCUCUGACUACAGACUCAUGUGGCUGAGUUUGUAUGGAGAGAGCGCUAACUCUGUUUACUACAUUGACACUGUUCACAUUGGACGAGGAGCGACCGCUUUAGAUCCUAAUGUUAUAUUGCAGAGAAGAAGGCCACCUGCUCUCGCCCGCUCAGGACAUAUCUUCUCAAGCUUUGCUGUACGCAAACAGGCAAAUGCUUCGCAAAUCAGCUAUGAGAUCACAGCGUCGCCAUACAACUGCGGCUUUGGUAUACCGUUGUUUGAAAUCGGCUUUUUACAGAAACUGCCAAACCGCACAGAGGAUCUACUGAUUCAACGUCAAGAGAAUGCCAAAGUCACCAUUACCCGUCUUCAGAAAGCCACCCCCCCUCUUACUGGAACCUUUGAUGUUAUGAUCUUUGGUCAACACAUUAAGGGUCUGCCAGUAGACAGUAGUGCUGCGGACCUUAAAUUCGCUCUACAGAGGAUUCCAGAGCUCGGUCAGCUGGAAGUGCAAAAAUAUGGAAGUUGUACGGGAUACAGCUGGGACAUCCGGUGGCUCACAGUCCCUGGCAAUCAGCCACUGUUAGAGAUUAAUUCUUCUGCUGUGAUCGGCAUGAAUCCUUCUGUGACAUCUAGUGAGGUUGAGCGAGGAGGACUCCUCAAACAGAGAAUUAUGGGAGACUUUCUGCGCAUCCCAACAAAUAAACCACAGGUGGAGGUUUUUAUCAACGGCAUCCCAUCAUGGUGUUCGGGUGACUGUGGUUUCAACUGGAGUGAAUCUAAGACCCCAACAGUGACAGGAAUUUCUCCUACAAAAGGUUCCAGUGGCUUAUCAACUGUUCUGAACAUAACUGGAUCUGGAUUUGAUGGUGGCAACGUCACUGUAAAGACUGGUGAUGUGAAAUGCUCUAUUCAAGAGGUCACCAACAGCUAUAUAACCUGCAGAGUUGGCCCAGCAAGUGCUGGUAUGCAACCAGUGUCUCUGAGUUUCUCUGUCCUGGGCAAUGCCCGAUACCAGAACAACAUCAGUUUUAACUUUACACACCUGUUAGGAGUGACCUCCAUAAACCCCACCACAGGAAGUGAAGCAGGAGGGGCGAUUCUGACUGUGUUUGGUUAUGGAUUCAGUAUUAAUACAUCAGUCACCAUUGGCACUCAGUCAUGUAAUGUUAUUAAAGCAGAGUUUAGCCAGCUGAGAUGCAUUGUUCCUGCUGGAUCAGCAGGUAAACAGACUGUAACACUGACCAUGGGAGAGAUAACAGCAUCUUUAAACAACUCCUUCACAUACAACAACACUCUGAUGGCCACCAUCACUGCUGUCAGCCCACAAACUACAACAGUAUUUGGUCUCAGAGUUCUCACCAUCUUGGGCAGAAAUUUUGAUGUGCAGGUGAAUGGCAGCUCUGUUCUGAUAGGUGAGACCAAGUGUGAAUUGUUGCAGUGGACCAAUAAAAACAUUACCUGCAUGUUACCCACACUCGGCCCAGCUGUAUACGACAUCCGUGUGAGAGUCGGGAACCAGGGCUACGCCGUAAUCAGUGCUGGUGUUAGUAGCACCAUAGAGUAUGUUCUGAAGGUGACAGGCUUCUCUCCACCGCUGGGCUCCUUGUAUGGAGGAACCACCAUCACCAUCACCGGCUCUGGAUUCAGCUCAGUCCCAACAGACAACAAUGUGACUCUGGGAGAUGCACAAUGCAAAGUAACAAACGCUUCAGAACAUCAGCUGACGUGUGUAACACAGCCGACAGAAAAAAUAUAUACAGUGACAAACCAAGGUGUCCACCCCGUGUAUGGUCAAGGUUAUGCCUGGAGUCCCUCUGCACUUCUAGUCUCAGUGGGAGAUACAGUGGGUUGGCGCUGGGAAGCUCCAGCUUUUGUUUCUGAUGUGGGCUACAGGGUCUUCAGUGUGUUCAGUCCCAGCAGUACUGAUUAUGAUGGCAUUGUCUUCAACAGUGGAGACACCAAAACCACCAAAGGGUUUUUCAGAUAUCGUUUCACAUCUCCUGGAGUUUAUUACUAUAGCAGUGGUUACAUUGACUCCAGUAACCAGAAGACGCUACAGGGCGUAGUCACCGUCAGGCCUCUGGAGGAGAGAACGGUUGGGCUUCAGGUGUCUGUAGCUGGAAUACAGGCCUCUGUGAAUUUAGCUUCAAGACAAAUAAACUCUUCUGAUUCUAAAUGUGUGGCCACAUCUGACUGUGUUCGAGAUCAGCUGGAGACUUCUGAUGGUCUGUACUUCAGUUUUACUUCCUGUGCCAGUCCCACUGUAGAAAAGAUUACUCCUGACCACGGUACCACACAUGACAUCAUCAACAUCCUGGGAUCUGGCUUCAGCAACACUUCCUGUGCAAAUGAGGUCAAAGUUGGAGGUCAUUCAUGUCAAACCAUCAGCAGCACCUCUACUGAGAUUAACUGCAGACUCAGUCCUGACAGUGGCACUCCAGUGGGCAUCCCCCUACCCGUAACCGUUCGGGUGAACAACAUGGGUACAGCCAUCAUGACAAUGCCAAAAGAGUACGACCGCAGAUUUGUGGUUCUACCUGUGGUUGAUUCUGUCUCUCCCUCUGUGGGCAGUACGACCGGCCAAACACGUCUCUUCAUCUCAGGUUCUGGUUUCUUGAACGCAUCUGUUAUGGUUGCAAAUGCUCCAUGUGACGUGGUUUUCAUGAACUACUCUUAUGUGGUUUGCGACACCUCGCCGUCUCAGACUCGCAGGGGAAACGUCACAGUUUACGUUAACAGCAUCUCUUCCUCUUGCAGUUCUGAUUGUAUGUUUCAAUAUUCUGCAUCUAUUGCACCAGUUGUCUCCAGUGUGUCACCUAAUUCUGUUACUGGAAACUCUACUACUGUUUUAAUCACUGGCAGCGGCUUUGGGAGCAACACAGCUGAUCUGAGAGUAUCUGCAGACAACAUUAUACUGAAAGUCACACGAGUUACAGAUAACAGCAUCACACUUUUGGUUGGUGCCCUGCCUGCUGGCACACAUACCCUACAGGUAGUUGUCAUGAGCAAAGGUCUCGCCACAGGAAUCUUCACACUGACCAGCACACCACAGGCCACCAUCAAACCAACAUCAGGAAGCAUUGCUGGAGGAACUCCACUGUUGAUUGAAGGAAAUGGCUUUGUGGAAGGAAACACCACUGUGAUGUUUGAUGGUAACCUCCCCUGCUUAAUUUUGGAAUUAACCCCAGACAGAGUGAAAUGUUUGACACCUCCUUAUCCCAAGGGACAGGCGCAGGUGGAUAUCCGGGUGUUUAAUGUUCAGUACCCACGUCAACGGUUCAACUACUCCAUUGAACAAACUCCAAACAUCACGUCAGUGAGCCCUAUAACUGGUCCUGUGGGAACAGAGAUCACUGUGUCUGGUUCAGGGUUUGGCACAGAUGCUGCGCUCAUCUCAGUGGAGAUUGAUGGAGUGGAUUGUAAUGUGACAUCCAUCACAGACACACAGUUGCAGUGCACUGUUGGGCAACACGCAGGAGGAACAUUUCCAGUUAUGUUAUACCAUCAGGUUAAAGGUCGUGCCUUGACAAAGUCUGUCUUCAGCUAUGAACUGCUGCUGACAGGUGUCACACCAAGUGAAGGAAGCUAUGCUGGAGGAGCUAUUGUUGAGAUUCAAGGUUCUGGAUUUGACCCAAACUCCACCAGAGUCCUCAUCUGUAACAGAGAGUGUAACGUAAAUGUGCAGAUCUCCACAUCUACCCAACUGUACUGUGAAGUCCCGUACAACAAUGGAAAUGAAACAAGUCGGGCCUGUGAGGUUGUAGUGAUGAAUGGAAAUAACAGAGUCAACCUCACAAUCGGCUACACAUACAGAUCCUCUUUAACCCCGGUUAUCAGUGAUGUCACACCACGCAGAGGGGGAACAGCCGGAGGCACCAGACUCAUCAUUGCUGGAUCAGGCUUCAGUACAAAUGCCAGUGAAGUUACUGUGACUAUUGCGGGAUCUGUCUGUGAUGUUGAGUCAGCCAAUGGGAAGCAGAUUAUUUGUGUGACUAAUGCUCAACCCAAAUCCCAAGAAACUAAAUUGCGAGUCCUGAUAGGAAACAGAGGAAUCGCCAGAAUGGAUCAUGCUGAUUUCUUCUAUAUUGAUGUAUGGUCAUCUCCUUAUACAUGGGGUGGUCUCUCACCUCCUGAGAAGAGCACAUUUGCUGUAAUCACACCUGGUCAGACCAUCCUGUUGGACACCAGCACCCCUGUCCUAAAAAUGCUUCUCAUCCAAGGUGGACGGCUGAUUUUUGAUGAGGCAGAUAUUGAGCUACAGGCGGAGAACAUUCUGAUCACAGAUGGUGGAGCUUUACAGAUCGGGACAGAGCAGCAGCCCUUCCAGCAUAAGGCCAUCAUUACACUGCAUGGACACCUGAGGUCUAAAGAACUUCCUGUCUAUGGUGCAAAGACCCUAGCUGUCAGACAGGGGGUGCUGGAUCUGCAUGGAAUUCCAGUACCUGUACCGUGGACUCGUCUUUCCCAGACUGCACAGAAAGGCUCCAGGACUCUCACACUGAUGGAUGCUGUCACCUGGAAGACUGGAGAUGAAAUUGUCAUUGCUUCGACAGGGGACAGACGUAGCCAGAGAGAGAACGAGUUGAGAAGAAUUGCCUUGGUUUCGGCUGAUGGCAGGACCCUCACACUGACCGAACCCCUGACCUACACUCAUUUGGGUGUGUCUGUCACUUUGACCAAUGGGACUGUUUUGGAAGCAAGAGCAGAGGUGGGACUUCUUACCAGAAACAUUGUUGUCCGUGGAUCCAACAACCAGGAGUGGAAUGAUCAGAUACCAGCUUGCCCUGCUGGAUUUGACACAGGGGAAUUUGCAGUGCAGACAUGUUUCCAGGGGAGAUUUGGUGAGGAAGUAGGAAAUGAUGAGUUUGGAGGUUGCAUCAUGUUUCAUGAACCACAAUCAAACCAGAACCUGACAAUUGGCAGAAUUGAAUAUGUUGAGGUUUAUCAUGCUGGACAGGCGUUCCGUUUGGGCCGCUAUGCGAUUAAUUGGCACUUAAUGGGUGAUGUUCAAAAUAAGUCGUAUGUGCGAGGCUGCGCCAUACAUCAAUCUUACAAUCGUGCUGUGACCAUUCGCAACACCCACAACCUAUUGGUGGAGCGUAAUGUCAUCUACAAUAUUAAGGGUGCUGCUUUCUUUAUCGAAGAUGGCAUUGAGACCGGAAACAUCUUGCAGUACAAUUUGGCAAUAUUCAUAAGACAGAGCACCAGUUUGUUAAAUACUGAUGUGACUCCAGCUGCAUACUGGCUCACCAACCCAAACAACAUCAUUAGACAUAAUGUCGUGGCUGGUGGGACGCACUUUGGUUUUUGGUACUCCAUGCCCUAUCAUCCUGAGGGUCCAUCCUAUGAUGCCAACAUCUGUCCGAAUAGAGUACCACUUGGAGAGUUCUUCAACAAUACAGUGCAUUCACAGGGUGGGUAUGGAUUGUGGAUCUUUCAAGAGUAUUUCCCUGUGCAGAAUGGAUACUGCUAUUCCAGUACACCUGCACCAGCAGUCUUCCGACGCCUGACCUCCUGGAACAACGAGAAAGGUGCUGAGUGGGGGAAUGUUGGAGCUGUGCAGUUCACUGAGUUCCUGAUGGUCAAUAAUGAAAAAGCAGGAGUGGACACCAAGAGGAUCACAUGGGGCUAUGUCAGUGGAUGGGGACUGAAAGGAGGUGCAGCUGUGGUUAACAGCACCAUUGUGGGUCAUGUGGAUGAGCUGGGAAUUGAUUACUGCACCACACUUGGUGUUGUUCUGCCUCUGGAUGAUGGUAUGAGUGUCAUCAACACCAAGUUUGUGAACUUUAACCGGUCAACAUGCACAGCUAUUGGGGUGGCAGAAGUUAUUGGAACCUGCACAUCCCACUGUGGAGGCUGGAGCGCAAAAUUUAGUGGGAUCCGAUUCUAUCAGUCAUCCAAUAAGGCCAGGUUCAGAUGGGAGCACGAGGUGGUGCUUGUAGAUACAGAUGGAUCCCUGACAGGGAAAGUUAACUCUAAGGUGGUGCCGAUGAGUAACCUGCUCGACCCAAGUCACUGCUCUCAAGUAGCAGAUUGGAGUGUUGGUGUACCUGGAGCAGUUUGUAACAGCAACAUUAACUUCCAUCGGCUGGUUUACUACAGCCCCUUACCAUAUUCACUUUGGUAUAACAAUGUGACUCUCACCAAUUCCUUUGGGUCAUGUGUGUUACCUUUCCUUUAUACGCUUGUGACACAGUCAUAUGGCUGGAUGGCAUUGGUGCCUUCAAACCAAACCUACAACUGGUACUUUGAGCGUGGUUCCCAAGUCACCAACAUCUCAUAUUAUGGACUGAUCUACGGCUUUAAGCCAGAGGAUUAUAUCAUUAUGAAUCACAACUUUACUCAAACGCCUGACUGGUUCAGCAUUAUAGAUUACCGAAAUGGUUCCUCCCAGCCACUGGACCCUGCUGUGAAUGUAAAUGGCGACUGGUACUUUAACGAGUCUUCAAACAGUCUUUAUUACAUGGUGUCUGGAAGAGAUCGUGCAGCUGGCCGGAUGAGGAGGAACAGUGUGGACCGGUCGCUUAAAGAUAGAUAUAUAUACUUCAAUGUGUAUCAGUGUUACUAUCCAAAGUGCAUUACACCAACAAGUGGACCUACAAUUUCUUCAUCAUCAGCCAAUUUUACCGGACCUAAAUACUUCAUCAGUGGAUGUACUCCCUGGUCAAACACAUCUUUUUGGAGGUCAAGCCCUGAAAACAACUUUACUGUACCACAAACAGGCUCUGAUGUGGUCAUUCCAUUAGGGACAUGUGUGGUUGUAGACGUUGAAAUUCCUUCCCUGAAUAAGCUGACAAUAUUUGGAGUUCUGAUGAUUCCAGACACAAAUAAUGGCACGGCAAACAUCAGUGGUUCUCAAUAUAACAAAGUUGUUUUGAAUGCCACAUACAUCUCCAUUCAGGGUGGCCGUCUGGUUGCUGGAUAUCCUGAUCAACCCUUCAGAGGUGAACUACAGAUCAUACUGAGAGGAAACCAUCUCACACCUGACUGGUUGUUGCCUGAUGUAAACCAAGGGUCUAAAGUGCUGGGUGUGUUUGGAUCUCUUGAUCUGUAUGGCAUGCCACACAAUGUGACUCACACUAAAUUGGCCAACACAGUCCAGGCUGGAAACAACACUCUCUUUCUGGAGAAAACUGUUGACUGGAAGGUUGGAGAUCAGAUUCUGCUGUCCACCACCAGUUAUGACCCAUGGCAGACAGAAAUCCGCACCAUAAGUGCAGUCUCAGAUGAUGGUCGCACACUGAUCCUGGACCGGCCUGUAUCAUACACACACAUCGGACAAAGGUACAACGUUCCAGGAUCUUCUAGAAGCUAUCAGCUUGCAGGGAAUGUGGGUCUGCUGACCAGAAACAUCAAGAUCAUUGGACAGGAGUAUCCAGCCAUGAAAACACAGUCUUAUGGAGCAAGAGUACUGGUGGGAACCUUCACAAGAGGAAAUACUUACAGAGGAAAAGCUCAGAUCAGAAACGUUGAGUUCUACCACACAGGACAGGAGGGAUGGAACGACCCUUCAGAUCCACGUUACUCUCUGGCGUUUCUGAACCUGAGAAAUGUGGCUAAUGAGUCCUACAUCAAGGGAUGUGCUUUCCAUGAUGGCUUUGCUCCUGCUAUUGGGGUGUUUGGAACGGAUGGACUGAAUAUUGAUGACAACGUGAUCCAUCACACUGUUGGAGAAGGAAUCAGGAUAUGGGGCAAAAACAGUGCUCUCCGGAGAAACUUGGUUACUAUGACACUGUGGCCAGGAUCCUACAAUGGUGCAGCGGAAACUUUAAACGCUGAAUGGAAUGCAGCCAUUGAGGUUAGUGAAGCAACCAAUGUGAUUCUUCAAGGAAAUAUUGUUGCUGGUUAUGAACGAGUGGGAUUCAGAAUUGAUGGAGAACCUUGCCCAGGUUCAGGUUCAGUGGCUCAAUGGAGUGAGAAUGAAGCACAUGGUGGUCUGUAUGGAGUCUACAUGAAUAAAGAUGGACUUGCUGGUUGCUCUCAAAUCCAGGGGUUCACCGUCUGGAAGAGUUUUGAUUUUGGCAUUUACGUGCAAGUAUCUAUGAAUGUGUACAUCUCUAAUGUGACUCUGGUUGAUAAUGGAAUGGGCAUCAUGCCUAUAAUCUACCGUCCUACAUCUAUCAGCCAUGCAUACGCAGACAAAACCGUCCGUGUACAGGGGUCCCUGAUUGUGGGCAACAGCCCUGAUUUUAACUGUCUGGACACACUGACAACGACUGAGACCUAUGUCACACUCAGUGAAAGCCACAGGGCUCCACGACCCCCUAAAGGUGGCAGGUCAGGAGUUUGCUGGCCGACGUUUGAAUCUGACCACAACCAAGCACCAACAGCAUCUCACGCUGGACUCACAAGCUACAACGCCAUAGCCGGUCUAAUGACAGUCUCUGAUACAACAUUUGUUGGGUUCAGGAAUGUGUGUUCCACUGAAAGAAAUUACAUGUUCAUGACCAACCCAGGAAAUGAGGACCUACAACAUCCAAUCAGUGUUGAGAGGAUCUCUAAGAUAGACAGCACUGAAGAAUCUCUAGCAUUCAUUCAUAACCCUGAUCUCAGUAAAGUGAACCCAUCAGACUGUGUGGACAUGGACUGUGAUGCUAAGAAGAAGACUCUGUUGAAGGAUCUGGAUGGAAGUUUCUUGGGUGCAGUAGGAGCAGUGGUGCCGUAUUCAGAGUACGAGUGGAACGGAGACGCGCGGCAUGGAUUGGGUGAUUACCGCAUCCCUAAAGUCAUGCUCACUGCUCUCAACGGCAGCCGCAUACCUGUCAAUCAAAUAGCUCCUAAUAAAGGUGUGAUCAGAGACUCUUGUACGUACAUGAAAACCUGGCAGAGCUACAAGUGCUUUGGACUCAAUUAUCAGAUGCUGGUUAUUGAAAGUAUGGACGCAGACACAGAAACAAGACGUCUUUCACCUGUGGCCAUCCUGGGGGACACAUAUGUAGAUUUACUGAAUGGCCCACAAGACCACAGCUGGUGUGCAGGCUAUACCUGUCAGAAGAGAGUCUCUCUGUUUCAUAGCAUUGUGGCCACCAAUAAAUCCUUUGAUAUCUAUUUCACCAGCACAACACCACAGAAGCUGAGACUUAUGAUGCUAAACGCUAAAACUACAGAGGCUGUUAGGGUGGCUAUAUUUUAUUCAAGCUCUCAGCGGUUAGACGUGUAUGUAAACGACAAUUUAGUUGCUCCAACUAACGCUCAGUGGAAUUCAGCUCACACCGAUUACACAACGCUUGAGCCGACAUAUCCAGGUCAAUAUCUUCCAAGUUUUAACUCCGAUCACGGUUCCAACUUCUUUGACCCAGAAUACAAUAUGUUGUACAUACUUCUACGUGGCUCACAACCGGUCCAGAUCCGCACUUCUCCGCUUCUUUUCGUGGCCUUCAACCUCCCGGCCAUGACUGAGGCAGAGUUCUUUGGAGAUAAACUGGUCAGAAAUUUGGCUGCAUUCCUUAAAGUACCACCGAAUAUGAUUCGAAUCACCAAGGUCAUCCGUGAGGGCAGCAGUGCACGAAGACGGCGUGCGACUGGACUGACGGUUGAGAUUCAGAUCAGUCAGCCACCCAUCCAGACCAUCACCACCAAUAACACAAACAACAUCGACAACACCACCAGUAUCAACAAUACCACCAGCUUCAACAGCACCACUGUUAAAGAUGAGCAGCAGUUUCUAAUCCUGAGGAACGCUGCUGAUGAACUGGGCCGUGCUGCUGUAUCAGGCAAUCUGAGUCAGUCCAUCAGCUUCAAUGUAUCUUCUGUGGACAUGAUCACCCCUCCACCCUCUUCUAGUGACCCAUCCUGGAGUCAAGUGGCCACUCAGGAGGUCACUCGUGAAGACCUGCAAGCGGUGUCGGUCAGCACAGUGUCUUCACUGAUAAUUGUGGUCCAACCGGUGGCUGCGUUGUACCCUGGACCCCUCAGCGUUCAGCCCAGCAUCAUGGCUGUGGAUGCAGAGGGUAACUGUGUGUCUGUUGGAGUGACGAGUCUAUCAAUCUUAGCUGUGCUCAAAGAUGCUUUUGGGAAUCCAGCAGAAGGACUUUCCGGAAACACCACCAUCCUGUUCAGUGGCUGCUGGGCAAAUUACACAGACCUCAGCAUCUUAAACACUGGUGUUAACCUGAAGUUGGCAUUUACUCUAAAUAAAUGGAAUGCUGAAUCGAGAUCCUUUACUGUUAGAGGGGUUACAACUCCUGCUCAUCUCCCAGUUACAACUCCUGCUCAACUCCCAGUUACAACUCCUACUCAACUCCCAGUUACAACUCCUGCUCAACUCCCAGUUACAACUCCUGCUCAACUCCCAGUUACAACUUCUAAUCAUCUCCCAGUUACAACUCAUGCUCAACUCCCAGUUACUUUUCCUGCUCAACUCCCAGUUACUUCUCCUGCUCAACUCCCAGUUACAACUCCUGCUCAACUCCCAGUUACUUCUCCUGCUCAACUCCCAGUUACAACUCAUGAUCAUCUCCCAAUUACAACUCCUGUUCAUCUCCCAGUUACAACUCCUGCUCAACUCCCAGUUACAACUCCUAAUCAUCUCCCAGUUACAACUCCUGCUCAACUCCCAGUUACAACUCCUGCUCAACUCCCAGUUACUUCUCCUGCUCAACUCCCAGUUACUUCUCCUGCUCAUCUCCCAGUUACAACUCCUGCUCAACUCCCAGUUACAACUCCUGCUCAACUCCCAGUUACAACUCAUGAUCAUCUCCCAGUUACAACUCAUGAUCAUCUCCCAGUUACAACUCAUGAUCAUCUCCCAGUUACAACUCAUGAUCAUCUCCCAGUUACAACUCCUGCUCAACUCCAAGUUACAACUCCUGCUCAACUCCCAGUUACAACUCCUGCUCAUCUCCCAGUUACAACUCCUGCUCAUCUCCCAGUUACAACUCCUGCUCAACUCCCGGUUACUUCUCUUGCUCAACUCCCGGUUACUUCUCCUGCUCAACUUCCCGUUACUUCUCCUGCUCAACUCCCGGUUACUUCUCCUGCUCAACUCCCGGUUACAACUCCUGCUCAACUCCCGGUUACAACUCCUGCUCAUCUCCCGGUUACAACUCCUGAUCAUCUCCCGGUUACAACUCCUGAUCAUCUCCCAGUUACAACUCCUGCUCAACUCCCAGUUACAACUCCUGAUCAUCUCUCAGUUACAACUCUUACUCAACUCCCAGUAACUUCUCCUGCUCAACUCCCAGUUACUUCUCCUGCUCAACUCCCAGUUCCAACUCAUGAUCAUCUCCCAGUUACAACUCCUUCUCAACUCCCAGUUACAACUCCUGCUCAACUCCCAGUUACAACUCCUGCUCAACUCCCAGUUACAACUCCUGAUCAUCUCCCAGUUACAACUCCUGCUCAACUCCCAGUUACAACUCCUGAUCAUCUCCCAGUUACAAGCAUCUUUGACUCUAGUCCGUCAAUCUUAUCACCAUCUUUGUGUCUGCUCGUGCUGUUGAGUGUUUUUCUUGUUCUUGCAUGCUUUUAGGAUAAGUAAUAAUAUAAUUAAUAAUCAUUUUCUUGUUGUUUUCACAUAAUUAUAAUAAUCACAAUUUUUAAGCUAUCCCUAUUUAGUCUGAAAGCAUUCUGUGAUAAAUACUAGAACAAAAACAUUUAUUACUUUGCCAAAAAUAUUU